UGUAUCCCUUCCUAUUCGUUCAUACACAGUUUCAAACCCCGUUUCUCAGUUUCCACAUUUUUCUAGCUAGUCCUACUACUUUUGAUAGGUACACAACAACAGCAGCAAUAUCGGCAACCAUGGCGGCGGCUAUCCUGGCAGUGUUUGUGAUGACUUUUGCUAUGGUCUUUGGCAACUCUGCUGCUGAUCCGGACUUGCUUCAAGAUAUUUGUGUUGCAGACUUCACUUCCGCGACGAAAGUCAAUGGGUUCGCGUGCAAGGACGCAGCAAAUGCAACAGCAGAGGACUUCUUCUUUGCCGGACUAGCAAAGCCAGGCCUCACCAACAACACCUUUGGCUCUUUGGUGACUGCAGCCAAUGUCCAGAAGAUCCCAGGCCUCAACACCCUAGGCGUGUCGUUGGCCCGUAUUGACUAUGCUCCCGGAGGCAUCAACCCACCUCACACUCACCCACGCGCCACUGAAAUAGUCUAUGUUCUUGAAGGUGCAUUGAAUGUUGGGUUCAUAACCACAGCUAACAAACUCAUUUCCAAGACUAUUUCUAAAGGUGAAGUCUUUGUGUUCCCAAAGGGGUUGGUUCAUUUCCAGAAGAACAAUGGCAAGGUCCCUGCUGCCGUGAUCGCCGGGUUUAACUCACAGUUGCAAGGCACCGCCAACAUUGCCCUCACAUUGUUCGCUGCCACACCUCCAGUGGCAGACGAUGUGUUGACUAAGACAUUCCAAGUUGGCACCAAGCAGAUCGAGAAGAUCAAGUCAAGGCUUGCACCCAAGAACUAGAUAUAGCUUAGUUUCUGCUUCUUCUCAUUUAUGUUUGUACGUGAUUCCUUCACUUGUGUUUUGUUUCGCAAUUUGAUGUGGGUUGUGGAAAUUCUAUCUUCUUUGUUUGAGGCUUGCA